AUGGAGCAGCAGAGAGUGGUAACCUCGGGUUCGCACCAUCCUGGGCCGAAUGGGAUCCCAGAGACGGGUCGAGCAGCAGGAGGAGGGAGACAAGAGAGUAGGGCUUCCGGGCCACGGAGGAGUGCAAGCGGCCACUCGCUUCGAUCUGACUCGUUUCUUGAUGCGCCUCAAAAGUCUGCGCCACGGAAGAGUGCAGGCGGUGCCUCUCUUCAAUCUGGCGCGUUCGCUGCUGCUUCGUCCAAUGCUGCUGCUGCUGCUGCUACUUCUGCUGCUGCUUCUGCUGCUGCUUCCGUCGCUGGUGCUUCCGGAGUUGUUGCAGCUCGAGGCGGAGGAGAGACGGGUGGUUCUGGUGGCGGCUUAGGUAGUGGCGAGGGCGGGGAAGGCGGGGGAUCGGGGCAUGGGAGGAAGCACAGCAGAGUCUCAACGAUGACCCACCUGCUGGAUUCCGAGCUGCUCCAGCUAGAGGAGGACAUGGCUCGGGAGGUGGCUCGGCAGGAGAAGCUGGCAGACGUGAUUGCCAUUGCUGGGGGCGACAUGCCGCAGCUGCCAGUGCAGGAGCUAGAGGACAAGGAGGAGAGACAGCUGCACCGCGAGGUGACGCAUAUGGGCGGCGAGCUGCGGUCGAUGCGGCGGGUGCUGCUGGAUCUGAGUGUGGAGCGGUGCAACGUGGAGAGGGCACUGGAGCACGUGCACUGGCAGGUGGACUCGUUCGACGCCGUCAAGGCCAUGCACAGCACGCAGUUCCACCUGCUGCAGCUGAUGGCACAGACGGAGGUGCUAAAGGACCUGCUGCAGAUGGAGAGGGAGGAGAACGAGCACGUGGAGAGCUUCGUGCGCCUCGCCCUUGUGGACCUGGAAGCCAGCGGCCCCACCAGCUUCCUUCUGGAAGCGUCCUCUGUGGACCUGCUGGAAACCCUCACCGCCUGCUACAUCAACCAGGGGUCCGGCUUCACCCCGCUGGCUGGCACUGGCGCUGCUGGUAUGGGCUUCGGUGGCGCUACUGCUGGUGGGGAAGGGGGGUUGUGGGGGAGCGGGAGGAGGAGCCGGCGGGAGCAGGUGGUGCAGGGCGGGGAGUGGGGCAUGGGCGCAGGAGAGGGGGGUUUUGGGGGGAGUGGAGAGGAGGGAGGGGAAUUUGGGGAGGGUGAGGGGAGUGGAAAGGGGUUAUGGGAAGGAUUACCCACAGGCUUACCAGGGUAUGGGGAUGGGGAGGAUGAGGAUGAGUAUGAAGGGGAGGGGGAGAGGGAGAGGGGCCGACAUGGGAGUGCACAUGGCGGGAGGCACAACGGGGAUGGCAGUAUUACAGUGGGGUCUAGAGGGAUGGGCAGUGGUAGGCGGAGCAGCAGCAGCGCCACCAGGAGAGUGGCUCGCUCUCACAGUACCAACUCCCCUGGCUUUCCAGGGGGCGGACACACGGACCUGGGGUCAGGGUUUGAGGGCGAGGGCGAGGGUUCUUCUGGGGGAGGUAGUCCUGUUGCUGGUGUGGGGGGUGCAGGGGCACAGGGAGCAAGAGCGGGUUUGCCUCUGGGGGUGUCUGAACGGGUUCGCACUCGCAGUCUGCGUCGCCACCGCAGCAGGCACUCAGAGGAUGGCUUCGAACCCAGCCGUCUGGGCGGCAGCCCCGGGCGCUACAGUCCGGGGCAUGCCGCCCUUGAGCACGCGGGGAGCGGCUCGCCACCCAUGGCGUCACACUCGCCGCCCAUCGUGCCUCGCUCGUUCACCCACCAUGGGGUUGCGGCUAGCAAGCUUUCGCAGGCAGGAGCAGGUGGAAUGGCAGGCGCGGGGUAUGCUCAUUCUCGUGAUAAUGCUUAUGAUGAUGAUGAGGAUGACGAUGGGUCGGUGGGGAGUGAGGAGGACGAGGAGUACGCUCGUCUCAUGGGGCUCGGAGGCUCGGAAAUGCGUCUGCAGGAUCCGCAGCAGCAGCAGCAGAAGCAGCAGGCGUUGGUUCGGCGGUCAGCCACGGCGCCGAUCAAGUCACUCAGGUCUGGAGCACCCCCGGGCCUGGCGGAAGGCUCGGGAAGCAUGCACGAACGGGAGGUGCGGAAGAGUGGUUCGGACGAGGCGGAGGAAGGGGGGAGGGGGAGGAGGGCAGUGAGGGGGCAAACGGUGCUGCCUGUGAUGUCUAGAUUGCUGGACCCGGAUGGGAUACUGCAGCCUCACGAGAGUCAUCUGGGGGACUCGUCCUUGACUGCUUCUCCUGCUCGAUCAGAAGACUCAACUCUGGAUCCAAUGGCCCAGCUUCCUGGUCUCACCCCCAGCAUGCUCUGCGCAAGCCGCAGCCCCGACCGCCCCCGUCCCGCCCCCCGCCCCCGCCCGCCUAUCAGCAAGUUCGCCUCCUCCCCCACUUCCGCCCUUAACACUGCUGCUGCCUCAGUCAUUCCCAGCUCUGCCCCAACCAGUAGCAGCGUUGCUGGUCUGGGGGGUGAUCGCCCCGCUGCUGCAGCUGCAGCUGCGUCAGUGCCAGCAAUAGCAGCAGGAGCAGGAGCAGGGGGGGCAGCAGGGCCCUACCCAUCAAUGGACCCAAUCCCCAGUGCUAUUGCCCGGACCCGCUCUGCCGGACCUGACUUCCUCGAGCGAGGCUCGGCCGGGGCUGCUGGUCCGGUAGCUGGGCUGCUUAAGUCAGUCAGGUCUAGGGAGAGAUCUCGCAGCGGCAGUGGGGGCAGGGGGGAAGGGGGCGGCGGGGGCAGCAGGGGUGGUUCGUGGGGAUCUGCAGGUUCACUGGGAGAGCUUGUGGGGGAAGAGGACUUAGAAGCAUUCAUGGAUUAUGAGAGCCAAGGAGGCUCCGGGUCCGAUGUGCGCAGGCGCACACGGGCGGGUAGAGGGGGGAUGGCUGGAGGAGGAGGGGGCGGAGGAGGAGAGAGUGGGAGUGGAGGGAGGGAGGGGGGUGGGGGAAGGGAGAGGUCUCUUGGGGACAUUUUUGAGUCGGUGGUGUCAUCGAGUGAGGCUGAGAUGGCGGAUAAGCGCAGGGACAGGUGGCGCCGAUCCAAGGACAAGAUCCUACGGUCGAAAUCGCGCAAGAGCGAUAAGGCUGGCGCUGCUGCUGGUGCUGCUGGUCGGGCUGGGGGCGGCACUGGUGGGGCUGGCAGUGCUGCUGGUGCUGGGAGCGGCGGGUUUAGAGGCAGGAGAGAGAAGGCGCAUGGAUUUGGUUCAGAUGCCACUUUUGCUGAGGAAUUCGAGGAGGAGGCGGAGACAGGGGAUGGAGGGGCGGGGGGCAUGCAUGCCAGCAAGCUGUCUGUGGCAUCAGUGGACUCUCUCAGUCGCUGGAAUUCUGUUCCCGCUGUCUCUGAUGAUUGGGUCGACUCUAUAAGCGAGUCUGCUCCUCCUUCUGCUGCCGAGCGGGGAGAUCAGCUGUGGGAGGUGGAGGGUGAGGGCGCCAGCGAGGGCAUAGCUGCAGCAGCAGUGGCUGCAGCAGGGGGUGCAGCAGAGGGUACAGCGGAGGGUGCAGCAGAGGCAAGUGCAGGAGAGCUGGCAGCUGUGGAAUCUGCCCCGGCCUUGUUUGUGGGCUUUCAGGCAGGGAAGGACAGCAGCGGUGCCGACCCUGGCAGUAACCAAUCUGCGUCUGCUUCACCACCAUCAGCAGCCGCACCAGCCGCAACAGGAGCAGCAACAGCAGGAGGAGGGGGAGGGGGAGGUGCAGCAGGAGGGGGGGAAGCAGGCCUGCCACCAGCAGUGACUCGGACGCGGUCAGCAGAGGUGGCGAGGGGGACGGCAGCAGGGCACAGGAGCGCUCGGAGUAUCUCCGACAUGCCCCCACGCCCUCGCUCCGUCUCCAUUGCUGACGACCCUGCCGCCAGCUAUGGUGGCUCUGCUGCUGCCUCUGGCGCUGGGUCUUUGGCUGUUGGGGGUGCGGCUGCUGCUGGUGGCGGUGGUGGUGGUGGGGGGGGUGCUGCUAGUGGUGGCAUGAAGUCGAGUGGCUUAAGGAAGGCGUUGGCCAAAUCCAUAUCGCAGAAGCUUGCUCGCAACAAGACCCGCACUCCCUCCCGCAACACCACCUCCUCCUCCUCCACCCCCCUCACGCUCGAGCUAGAGGACCUGCGCCUGCGCCCGUGCGAGCUCUCAGAGGAGAUGCUGCGAUCCAUAGGCGCCAUUUACCUCGCCCACGCCUACCCCGCCCUCUGGGGUGCCGGGGAAGGCCGCAGGGCCGCCGCCCUGCUUGCCUCCGAGCAGAAACGUGUGGCUACAGAUGAAAAGAUCGAGAAGAUCCUCAAUCCGACGGCUCUCAAGGUGCUGGCGGUUUCGUCCCGUAGCAGCCCGGGCGGCAAGAAGGCGGGCGGCGGGACGAGGACGAGGAAAAAGUCGGAGGAUCCGUGGGAGGUGGUGGCGGCUGCGCUGGGGAGUGUGGGGCCGGGGGGAGCAGGGGGAGGUGAAUCUGGUGCAGGUGGUAUCUGCCUGUCCCCGCAGCCAAUCAGUGCGUCUGGUUCAGGGUCACGCUCCCGAAGGGCAUCCGGAUCAGCAGCAGUCCCUGCCACUCCCCGCACCGCCUGGCUGCGUGCCUCCCUUGCUGUCUUCCAGAACGCGGACAAGGGCGCAGGGGGAGGGGCGGGAGGGGGAGGAGGGUGGGGGUCAGGCGGUGGGGAGGUGGGGGGGAGUGGGAGUGAGCAGAUGGGGGAGCUGGGGGGGAUAGCUGGGAGUGGGGCUGUGGCCGCUGGCUUGCAGUAUCCUGCCACGAGGAGCAAUAGUUAUGGGAGUGGGAGUGGGUUUGGCAGCAGUGGCAGCUUGAGAAGCAGCAGCACUGGGAAUGGUGGUGCUACUUCUGGUGCUGGUGGCGCCGGUGGUGGGGGCGCUGGUGCUGGUGAUGCUGCUGGUGCGGCUGGUGCUCUGUUCAGUUCAGCAGACCCUUCCGCUUCACAUGCAAGCACCGACCGCCCUUCCCGCGCCAUCACUCGAACCUCCUCCACCCCUGUCCUCCAUACAGUCAACCCCAUUACCACGCCAGCAGCAGGGAACACAUCACCAGCACCCAAUUCGACCCCUCCGCCGUCCUCCCCAUUCCCUGCCGCGCCUUCAGUGCCCAUGGGAGGGGGCAUAGCGGUGGGGAGCGCGGCACUGGCAGUGGAGGGGUUUGUGGACCCGUAUGGGGUGCUGGAGUUCCACCCGUGCCCGCCUGUUGGGGCGUAUGGGGCGGCCAUGGAGGUCACCUCUGUGCCCAGCGAUGAUAAGUACAGCAACGUGGAUAUCUUCUCGCUCUGCCGCUACAGGAUGCUAGCAGAGCAGCUAUCGGAUUUGGACCCCUCAUACCUGUCGGAGGACGAGAAGCUCGCCUUCUGGCUCAACCUCUACAACGCGCUGCUGCUGCACUCCUUCCUGAUCAACGGCUACCCCACAACGCACGCAAAGCGCAUCUCCAUGCUCACUCAGGCCACGUUCAUAAUCGGCAACCUUCCAAUCAACGCCCUGGAGAUAGAAUUCGCUGUGCUCCGAGCACCCACCUACCGCUCCUCUCUGGCCAAGGCCCUCAAGAGCCGCCCCUUCGCUUAUGACGACCCCAGGGUGGGGUGGGCGCUCACAGUAGGGGAACCCAAUGUAUCCUUCGGCCUCUGCCCCGGAAGCUUCUGCGCACCUGCCCUACGGGUGUACUCGGCUCGCACUGUGCAUGCCGAGCUAGAGGAGGCCAAGGAUAACUUCCUGGAAGUUGCCAUAGGCAUGAGCCGUGAUGACCGAAUCAUUCUUCCCAAGAUUCUUGACUGGUAUUGCCCUGAUUUCACGGAUUCACUGCCUGCUCUGCUAGAGUGGGCCCUGAACCAGUUGCCGCCCGCCCCACGUGUUGCUAUUGCCAAGCGGAUGGCUCAGAAGCGGAACCCGACCAUUGAACAGUGCGUUGAAGUGGCUUCAUAUGACUGGUCGUUCCGAUAUUUAUUGGACCCACGGUCUCUCACGAUUGGAACUGAUGUGUUAUAG